CAAUAUUGCAGUGAUCGAAUUCCCUUCAAUUUAUGUUGAUUCUACAUCGAAUAAUUAUGACGCCAAACUAACUCUCUGGUAUGCAAUCAGGAUCGUUGGAACAGCAAAAUUUUCAGCUAAAUUAGAUGUAUCUAUUGGAGUUUAUUUAGUCAGUGGUCAGGUUACUUUUUCACCAAUUGCAGCUUCAGCCCCUCCACAACUGACAAGUAGUCAAGUUCCGUAUUGGACACUUGAAAGUUUGGCAACUUCACGCAGUAAUACAAGUGUUAUCCGUGGUGGAUUCAACUUACUCUCUGUCAGUCUAGUUAUAGACUCCAGAGCAAGGCAAACAUACAGAAUUCAGAUUUACCUUUUUCAACUUCUGGAUAUUUUAGCCAUAAUGCAACCGAAAAUCCUUGAUACUGGUAGUGCUGUUUGCACAUCUGGAUUUCAAACAACUUUUACUGCUACUAAUCUAGAAAUAAACAUGGGUUCUCUGUAUUUUGAAAAUAAUGAAAACCCGACUAAAUCGAAAGCUGAAAAGUCAGCAAUCAACAUUCUUAUACCAAUGAAUGUGAAUACAAUGGCUACUUCGUAUGUUUCAGUUCGUUUCACUCUUUAUUAUGGAACUCAAAGUAGUCAAACGUAUGUGAAUGUAAAUGUUCUUGCAUCUGAGGCACGCGUACCAAGCUCAACAAUCGCCUAUCAGAUAGAUGCUCCCAGCUACUAUGACAAACCAAAUGAACGAACCGAUCCAGUAGUUCCAGGACAGAUGGUUCGGUAUCACUACAGGAUCAGUCUACCGAAUACAAUGUGUGCUACAUUUUCAAUGAGAUUUACACUACUGUCUAAUAUUUGGCCUGUUGAUAUAAUUGGUGCUACUCUUAUGGACUACAGUGACUUUAUAUGGUUCAGCGGUGCUGUCAACCCUGUAAUAACCAUAAGCGGUGCAGUGACAAAAAACACGGCAACCGUUGCUAUGGGAACAAUAUGUGUUCCUGAAACGUUUGAUAAUCAGAUUCUGUUCGACCUUUUUCUUCGUCCACGCAACAAUUUCGACAACAGCCUAACACCUGGUAAUCAAACAGUAUCUAUCAAUGGUCAGUUGACAGCAAGUACGAUAACUGCGGCUUUAUCUUUACCAUUAACCUCAUUUGUUAUCGUUCCGGACUACAUUAUAAGUGAAAGUAUUAUCAAGCUCCCUCCAAUCGAUAACAAUAAAUACAUACUUACGAUUAAAAAUAUUACUGCCGGAAGUUUAUUUCAACCAGGUGUCUGGCGAAGGAUUACAUUCAAUCUUCAAGUCCCUAUUGCUUCAUAUUUGCCCAAUUCAUCUAUUAUCAUCGGUGGUGCUAAUGACAGUGUUGAAAUGGAAUCAGCAUUUACUGUAAACGAUGUGUACUUGACAUUUGGAUCUAAUUUGGCAGCAUUACGUAAUGUUCAACCUAAAUAUGUAUACACAUCAACAUACAAAUAUGGACAGCAAGAUAAAUUAGAAGUGAUAUUGGGAAAUGUUAUUAACCCAG